CACCUCACCCCCCUCCCCUUCCAGCCCCAGUGUGUACAACUCACCCCCCUCCUCCUCCAGCCCCAGUGUGUACACCUCACCCCACUCCCCCUCCAGCCCCAGUGUGUUCACUUCAUCCCCCUCCCCCUCCAGCCCCAGUGUAUACACCUCACCCCCCUCCCCCUCCAGCCCCAGUGUAUACACCUCAUCCCCCUCCCAUUCCAGCCUUGGUCCGAUACCCCCUAGCCUUGGUCCAAGCGCUCCCUCCGGUCUCGGUCUGAGCGUCCCCGCACCCUCUGGUCUCAGUCCAACACCCUCUGACCUCAGUCUGGGAACGAUCUCCCGCUCUGGCCUCAGGUGGAGUGCUCCCUCCCCCUCCAGCCUUGGUCCAAGCACUCGCUCCCCCUUCGGCCCAGGUUGGAGCUCCCCCUCCAUUCCAUAUCGGAGCACCCCAACUCAGUCCAUCCUUAUUUCAAGCUCCCCCUCUCCAUCCAGCCCUGCUCCACGCUCCCUUUCUACGACUUCAUCCCUCACCUUCAGGUCAAACCUUACCUCAACCCUACUACUCAGCCCUCACCUUCCGUUCUCUUCACUACCACCUGACAAUAUCUUUGAAAAUUUAUCAGGUCCGUCUUCAACAUCUCCACAAGAAGACCAAGAAAAUGUAAUGAGUCAAAGUAGACCGAGACUGAGCAGCCAGCCUGUCGUGGAUUCAUCAGAAGGAGUCUGGGGUUUAUCCUCUGGCUCUUUCACAGAGUCCAACUCAGGCCUGUGGCCACUGACCAGCACAGGGACUGUGGGCCCCACAAAGAUCAACAUGAGCCAAGAAGGUGUGGAUACUACAAGCGAUGCAAAUACCAAUCUGGUCAUUACUUCAGGGGGAGAACCAAAUGUCUUGCCUAAAAUUUCAGAAGAACUUUUAACAAGCAUUUCACCAAGAACUGUUCAAAAAUCAACAAACCAAUCAGCAAGUAGGAGGACAGAACCUCCUGGAAUGGAAUCUGAAAUGUCCUUGGUCCCAGUUAAUGUUCCGGGUGAUGAGGUUUUCCAUCACCAAGGGAGGAGCAGGCAGCAAGACCAUUCGUCCGAACGUGGACUUGCUCUUUCGGCAGGCUAUGAGGUUGACCUAGUGACACAAUCUGAGUUACAGGAUGAAGUGGAGAUUCCAGUUACUUCGACUCCAGCCCAUGAGUUUUCAACCCCACUGAGUGUUCUGCAGGGUGUGGUAGAGAUGUCCCGGGGGAGUGGUUCUGUGAGUAGGGUGGAAAGAUCCAGUACAGCAAGUGACACGGCACAGAGUGAGAGCCAGAGCCAAAACUCCGUUCCGAGUCUCCCUGCCAGCCCUGGAGAGCCUGUCACACCUCAGCCAGACCAGGACAGGAAACAGGAAAGUGAAUCAGAUCAACACUUGCUUUCCUUCUCUCAGCCCACUGACCUUCCUACAUCAGAAUUGCUCUCCACUCAAAAUAUAAACACACAAUCUCUUGUAAAUAACCUCAAAAUAGAUUCGGUGGCAGGGUCAGCGAAUCCGUUAGAAAACACUCAUUCAACAUUGGAUUUUAAAGGCUUUUCACCAGAUUUUGAUGGAUCUUUUACCCAAACCUUUGGCCCAGUAGUGAUUAAACCGACAUCCCGUGCCUGGAACAUGUUUGAAAUUCCUGAAUUGAUGACCCAUUCUUCAAAUCUUCCAGGACAGGAAGUUGCUAAUGAUGCUGAAACAGAUACAGCAGCAGUGAACUCUGAGUCAGGGCCCACUGCACGUCUCCCUGAAAUAGUUUCGGCAGUUAGCUCUCUGAGUGGUGCUGACACAACACAGAGAGCUCGCCCAUUGUCGGCAGUAACGGGUGACAAUGACCUUAUGUCCACUAACAAAUUCCCCAGAUCCUUUUCAUUCACUUCAGGUAUAAGUCUCACAGCCAUUUCUGAUGUUGCAAGUGGAGGUGAAAUAGUGUCAAGUGAAGUUACAGGGGGUGGUGGUGAUGUUACAGGCUGGGAGUCUGAGACUCUGACUGUUAGAGACACCACCCUUAAGGAUAAUGGGAAUGUGACACAAUUCACCUUCACCAAAGACAGGAUGACUAAGGAAUCAGCCAAUCACAGCCAAAGGUUAGAGGUUACUCAGAGGGCUGAAGGCAGUACAGGAUUCUGGGUAAUUUCUGGCAUAUCAAUGGCCAAAAAGGACAGUGGCAGAGGGAAUACUCUCCGUGACAGUGCUACUGAAAUGAUGGCUCACACAAAGCCUUCUGAAAAACCCCUUUGGUUUGAGAGAAGAACCAUUUUACCACCAAAUGUUGGAGGAGAAAAUACAGGAAGAUCUUCGACUGGACAUAAUGUUGUAUCUAGAGACAAAGUCCCAUUGUUCAACCUAAGAACACCUGCACCAGAGUCCAUCACAUCACAGACAGUAGCAAAUGUAAGCUCACUAUUUAUUGGAGAUGAUCACAGUGCAUCUCCAUCUCGGGAGAUCUUUCCAACCUUGUCACUCUCAGAGUUGCCAGAGCAACCUUCAACAAGCUUCGAGGAACCUCUACCCCUGACCAGUGUCAGAGAAACCAUUGCGUCAACUUCAAGUAAUACCACAGUGUCCAGGGGAAAUACAAUAUCAUUCCCAUAUAGCAAAUUGGAGCCCCAAAUGUCUGAUGGUGAGAGGCUGAGAGAGACCUCAGCCACAGCAAUGAACCAAACGUUCCAGGAGGGAACUGUACUGAACAAACCAGUGGUUACCUCAGGAACACCAACUUUGAUCCAAGGAUCCUGGAGUGAAAUGCAGCUUGAUUCCCGAGCCAUGGCAUCCCCUGCACUCCCAGGACUGACCUCCUCUGUUGUUACAGUGACAGACAUUCCACAGCUUCUGCCAUUUGUAUCCACCUUUGAGACAGCAUCUCGACUAUCAUCUGACCAGACUGGCACAGGGCAUUCGCAAAUGCUCAGCAGCCCCUCGGAAACCUCUGGUGUCUCAGAUCUCAGGGAAACAACCUGGCAAAACAUUGUGAAUUUGAAGGUUACACCUCCUUCACCUCCAGCUUUUUCUUCUGCUGCUGAAGAGGAAGAAACUAUUGCAACUGGUGUGGGAUCUCCCUCGUCUUGGGCCCUGCAGGUGAACCAGUCAGGAUCGCAACCUGUUGAUGGUUCUCUCGGGCCCAGUGUCACACGCGUUGACACGAAGGACCUUCAACGUGAUGCUGCUCAAACAGUCAAGCCUUGGGCAAAUGAAUGGUGGCAAAAAGAAAUAUUGUCAACAUUUGCUACUGUGCACACUGUCAUAACUGAGCACUUUUGGACUUGGAAUUGGUCUGAUUUAGAGACGUCAUCAAUCAGUCAUGGGGUAGCACCAACCUCAGGGUCUUCAGCGCCCCCUGAAGGAACCACACCACAUCCAGCAGUUACAAUGAUACCCAGGUCUGUGACCACUUUCAAAGAUCCCACUGCUGUAACACCUGGCAGUGACAAUAGCUGGACAUCAGGGAUGGGUGGCCCCUCUCUAUUUUCACCCACUCUCGGAACCGGAACAUCAACGUCACCAGUGCCAACGUCUUGGCCACUGCACCUGCCCACCGACACAACGCCACCAGAGAGAGCUGUACAAACUGCAACGCAGCAAUAUGUCCCGGCCACACUCGAGCUGUCGAAUUCAGUCCUGUCGUUUACUCCAAUGGAGAGACACAAAAGCAUUUUCAUUGUGGAAAAUGAGCUGCCGAUGAUCAAAGAGGGUGCCACUUUGAAGAUACCAACAAAACUCAUUCUGGCCAUGAACUUCACCCUCCAGUUGGGAGACCCAACAUCUGAUGAAUACCAGAAUCUGGCCAAGGAUUUCACACACAAAGUCUCUCCGUUUUAUAAGAAAGUUCCUGGAUUUCAGCAGUUGCUGAUUAAACACUUCAGGGCAGGAAGCGUAUUGAUUGAGUUUGACGUUGUCUUCAUUGCAAAGGAUAUCCAAGGUUAUCUACUGGACCCAAGUUUGAUCAUCAAUAUUACUGGACUGAAUGAUGUGAUUGCUAAUGGGUUUGAGAUUGGUGGAGCUCAGGUAUUGAGAGUAUAUGUUUCAGAGGGUUUCAAUGCUUUAUGUGGUCAGGUGUUUUCCUGCCAAACUGGGUUCCAGUGCAUUCAUACUGACAGAAGGAAUGUGACCUGCACCUCCCUUUGCCACACUGAUUACUGCAAAAACAGUGGCAUCUGCACUCACACCCGGGGCCGGGAGCCCAUGUGCCAGUGCCCUGUUGGCAUUGAUUACUGGUUCAUGGGUCCCAGAUGUGACCACAGGAUGACUCGGCAGAGCUUGAUUGGAAUAGUGUUUGGUGUCAUACUCAGUGUCCUGUUGGUCGUGACAGCUGUUGCAGUCGUUGUCCUGAGGAGGUUCAAGAUCUUGUUGAUUGAAGCUAAAAUCGAUCAGACAAAGAGCAGUUACAAGCGCUUCAGUCAGUUUGAUGAUUUCUCCAGUCAAUACCACUCUCAGUCUUGGCUCAACUACUCAGUCAGUUCUUUGAACAAUCCUGGCUUCAGUAACUCUGAUGAACUGAUCCACCUGCAGAUGUUGGACAGUAGUUACCAUUCUUGUCAUGAGGAGUCUCUGACUGAUAUCUACAGUAGCCGGAGGACAACUCCACAUGGUCACUCAACCUUCAGGCACAGUUUACAAAACAACUUGGACAUCAGUAUCAACAGCAUCAAUGAGCUUGCUGGGGACUCUGGGAAAGACAGUGAUUUAUCCAUUUACAGCUGGCCUACAGAUCCUCUCCAGUGGUCACCCUUUCCAAUCUUGUACCAGCUGAGCAGGGACAGGCCUUUUACAGCUCAGAGACCUCGUUCAUACUGUGAAGGGAUGGAACUAGUAAGCUUGGAAAAAAACUGGACAGCAUGAAAACAUGAGAAAGUCAUCCUUUUCCUGAAGGUCAGGAAUGUUUUCCUCUAUUUGGAUUGAGAGCAGUACAUGAAUCACCAGAGUAUCUUUUUUCCAUGUUAUUGUACUGCCCCAUGCAAAAACAAUCAGCCUUCCACUUGGUUUUGGAGUUUUAACGUCACUCUGGAGAGUGUAGGCUUCCUGUGGAACUGGGUUAUAACAACAGAUUACAACAACAUGCCAUCUGCUAAUUGCACUCUGACCUCAGACCUGUGCUGAACAACAAGCCCUUUUGCUUUGCAAUAUACAGGCGACAAGGCAGUGUGUUGAGGGGUGCAAGCUGAAAGAACAUGCAGAGCUUUGAACUUACGACUGAAAUACUACAAAAGGAGACAACCAUUGUACUGAAAUAACAGAACUGAAGGGAUUUAAAUGCUGAGCAGCCAAAAAAAGUCAUGAUUUAUUAAUAUUUGAAGUAACUUCAUAAUUCAACACAACCAAAUUAUACAUUUUACAAUCACAUUCUAUUUGUAAACAGUUAAAAAGCCACUGACUUGUUUGCAUCUUCCAACAGACAGUUAUAAUGAAGGCAAUGAAAUGGUGGCAUUGUCUGCAGUGUUAAAAUUGUGUCCUGGUUUCUCUGCUCUCUGUACAAGCACAAAUGAAUACAUUUAGUGGCAAAAAACAAAACAAAAAAGUGUAAAGAAAUUUGUUUUCUGUAGGACUCUUAUAUGCAAACUUUUACAUUAAAAACGCCCUCUUACAGAUGAACGGUAUGAUUCUGUAAACCACCAGAGCUGGUUACAGUAUGCAUAGUUACAGAUCUCAGCCAGUUUCUCUUUUUAAGUACAACAGUCAUUGGACAGUCACAAUAGCAAAAUACAUUUAGCCACUCAAUAAUGGGAAUAUAAAGGAGGGAAAAAAUAAAAUAUAUAUACUACGACAUAUCACGUUCACUCACUAUAAAAAGACAGCAAUUUCAAAGCAAUGACUGGAAACUCCAGCUUGAAGCAGUUUAACUUGGCAAAAAAAAAAGUAACUUUUACAGAGCAGUUUAAUUCAGUGCUAAAGUUGGGGAUUUCCUACACAAAUCUACCAGGAGUUUCUACUGUGUCAGAGGCGGGGAGGGGGGAACUAUUUCCUGAGAACCAUGCUCUCUCUCGUUUCAGGAUAUAGAGGAAUAGAAAAAAAAAGAACAUGGUCAAAACACUGUUCAAUAUUCCCAGAGAUAGAACAUCUUCAUCCGCAAUUUUUUUUAAUUUUUAAAUUUUUUAAAUUUUUUUUCAUUUUUAUGAAUGAUGGAAGAGUAAACAUUUCCCCUCGAAAGUCUGUAAACAAGAGGGCACGACCAGGGCACCUCCAAAAAAAAAAUGAAAGCUCUAUUGAAAGUGCUGUACCCUCCUGGCUUGCAGGGUGGGGUUGCAAGUCACAGCUGCUGCCCACAGUGUCACACUGUAGAUUAAAUUCUUUAGGUUUUCAUUUUAUCAUAUU